GCUGGAAAGUAUUUGAUCAUCAUUGGUUUGCUCCUUCAGGGCCCCAAAAACUAAACAACUCACAGUUACCGGCACAAAUCAAGCAACAUUGCAAGAUGGUGUCAAUUCUACCAAACAUGCGGAACUCUGGACAGGACACAGUUCUCCAGCAAGCUGAGCAGAUUUGGUCAAUGCUUGAUGACAUGGUUCAAAGUGACCCAACAGCUUAUAAAAAGUUUAUUGAGAAUCAGAUGAAGGAUGCUCAUAAGUUUUUAGAAGAAAACGGUACUCAACCAGAAUUCGGCUUAAAGGUUAAAUUAAAAGACGAUGACGACUAUUUGUUUCUGGAAAUCUAUUCAUCUCUUUUGGUUCCGGCACCAAACUUUGGAGAAAACAUUGCAGAGAUUCCUUUGUUCAUCCAAAUUGAAGAAAAUUCAGAACAUUCCAACAAACCUAAUAAGCCUCAUAUUUUAGUUGCCCUGAAUCCUCUUCUGACCAGCAAACUGGCACCAAACGGAUCCCUUUUAAAGGAGCAGCAGAAUUUGGUAGAGUAUCUAUUAGAGAACAUCCAGGCACAAAUACCUUUCUCUCUGGUUACAAGUGAUUUUUCAUUCUUUGACAAAAAGGAAUGCAAAGGUGAUAUUAAAAGAUUUCUGCAGUCUUUGAAUACAGAAGUCUGUAAGAGAAAGCAAAACACAGUUCCUGACAUAAAUGGAAAUGCCAUUAAUAGUAACCUGGAUAGUAUUAAGCUACCACAACAGAGUGAGAAGCUAGAAAGUUCACCGUUACUUAAUCUGUCCAAGGAACGACUCCAGACAGAAAGAAAACCAAAGUUAAUUGAAGAAUUACCAGUUAAGGAACCAAGGAUUGAGGAUAGUUUUGAUAGAGCAGACCAGUGA